CAGACGGGCAGCUGGAGCGGACAGGACGGCUUCCGGGUUUGGCUGGGCCUUUGUCACUCCCCGCAGCCGGAGUUCCAGGUCUUGUCUUCACUGCUGUGUCCUUUUCUUCUAGAGGCCCAUCCUCUCUGGCCCUAUGACCUGCAGGUAUUUGGAGAUCCACAGCUAAGAUGCCAGGAAGCCCUGGAAUUCUAGAAAUGGGACCAUUGACAUUUAUGGAUGUGGCCAUAGAAUUCUCCUUGGAGGAGUGGCAAUGCCUGGACACAGCACAGCAGAAUUUAUAUAGAAAUGUGAUGUUAGAGAACUACAGAAACUUUGUCUUCCUGGGUAUUGCUGUGUCUAAUUUAGACCUGAUCACCUGUCUGGAGCAAGGAAAAGAACCCUGGAAUAUGAAGAGACAUGAGAUGGUGGCCAAAUCCCCAGUUAUAUGUUCUGAUUUUGCUAAAGACCUUUGGCCUGAGCAAGAGAUAAAAAAUUCUUUCCAACAAGUAAUUCUGACAAGAUAUGGAAAAUGUGGCCAUCAGAAUUUACAAUUAAGGAAAAGCUGUAAAACUGUGGAUGAGUGUAAGGUGCACGAAGGAGGUCAUAAUGGACUUAACCAGGGUGUGACAGCUGCCCAGAGCAAAAUAGCUUAUUAUGAGAAAUGUGUGCAAGUCUUUCAUAAAUAUUCAAAUUCAAAGAGAUGUAAGAUGAGACGUACUGGAAAAAAUCACUUCAGAUGUAAAAAAUGUGGCAAAUCAUUUUCUAUGCUUUCACAACUAACACAACAUGAGAUGAGUCACGCUGGAGAGAAACCCUACAAAUGUGAAGAAUGUGGCAAAGCUUUUAAAAAGUCCUCAACCCUUACUAAUCAUAAGAUAAUUCAUACUGGAGAGAAGCCCUACAAAUGUGAAGAAUGUGGCAAAGCUUUUAACCAGUCCUCAACUCUUACCAGACAUAAGAUAAUUCAUACUGGAGAGAAACUCUACAAAUGUGAAGAAUGUGGCAAAGCUUUUAACCGGUCCUCAAACCUUUCUAAACAUAAGAUAAUUCAUACUGGAGAGAAACCCUACAAAUGUAAAGAAUGUGGCAAAGCUUUUAAACAGUCCUCAAACCUUACUAAUCAUAAGAAAAUUCAUACUGGGGAAAAACCCUACAAAUGCGAAGAAUGUGGCAAAGCCUUUACCCUAUCUUCACACCUUACUACACAUAAGAGAAUUCACACUGGAGAGAAACCCUACAAAUGUGAAGAAUGUGGCAAAGCCUUUAGUGUAUUCUCAACCCUUAGUAAACAUAAGAUAAUUCAUACUGAAGAGAAACCCUAUAAAUGUGAAGAAUGUGGCAGAGCUUUUAACCGGUCCUCACACCUUACUAAUCAUAAGGUAAUUCAUACUGGAGAGAAACCCUACAAAUGUGAAGAAUGUGGUAAAGCCUUUACCAAGUCCUCAACUCUUACUUACCAUAAGGUAAUUCAUACUGGAAAGAAACCCUACAAAUGUGAAGAAUGUGGCAAAGCCUUUAGUAUAUUCUCAAUCCUUACUAAACAUAAGGUAAUUCAUACUGAAGAGAAACCCUACAAAUGUGAAGAAUGUGGCAAAACUUUUAACUACUCCUCAAAUUUUACUAAUCAUAAAAAAAUUCAUACUGGAGAGAAACCCUAUAAAUGUGAAGAAUGUGGUAAAGACUUUAUUCUGUCCUCACACCUUACUACACAUAAGAUGAUUCAUACUGGGGAGAGACCCUUCAAAUGUAAAGAAUGUGGCAAAGCCUUUAACCAGUCCUCAACUCUUAUGAAACAUAAGAUAAUUCAUACUGGCGAGAAACCCUACAAAUGUGAAGAAUGUGGCAAAGCUUUUAACCAGUCCCCAAACCUUACUAAACAUAAGAGAAUUCAUACCAAAGAGAACCCCUACAAAUGUAAAUAAUGUGUCAAAGCAUUUAAUGUAUUUUCCCCUUUUAUUAAAACACAGGAUAAUUCAUACUGGAAGGAACCCCUAUAAAUGUGAUAAAUGUGGCAAAGCCUUUAACCAGCUCUUAAUCCUUACUGAACAUAACAUAAUUCAUACUAGAGUGAAACCAGCAAAUGUAAAGAAUGUGGAAGCAUUUAACUGAUCCUCAAAUCUUACUAAACAUAAGAAAAUUUAGGCCGGGCGCGGUGGCUCACACCUGUAAUCCCAGCACUUUGGGAGGCUGAGGC